AUGGCUCCGUCUGGACGGAAGAAAGGCAAGGAGGUUGACCGGUCACCUGCGAGCAUCUUGAAGCAUGGUGACUACACGGUCUCCCUCACUAGCUGGCUUGCUGGCGGCCCUGCAGUUCUCGGCAAGAAGCCUCGUCGGGUACUCGAUUUGAAAGUUGAGCGCGAUCGCAAGUCUGAAAAGUCGGACCAAUCGCUGGUCCUCGCCAGGAAGAAGGAUAAUGGUGCAGCUGCUUCCGAUCUGGAGGUUGGCACUUCGGGAUCCGAAGGAGCCCUGAUGCACACCUCGAGACAACGACGACAAACCGAAGGCUCUUCGCAACCGGUUGUAUCCUCAAGACCAUUUCUCACGUACGAGGAAGAGAGAGUCGAGAAGUUCACUAUUCGGCCUCCGCCUGUGGUGUUCAACACGCCCGAAGACGUCCCAACUGGCUGGCUCGAAACGAUCUUGAAUCAGAGGAAGAAUGGCGAAAGCUCGAAGGCUGUUCCGAAAAAGGCCAUCAGUUAUGAACACAGCGAUUCGGAAGAAUACGAAGCUGGCUACGACUCUCCCCCUCACAGCAAAUCAAAAUCACUGCCAAAGAAGUCAUCGUCUUCCUCCAGGAAAGCAUCUGAAAUUCGAAUCAAAACCAAGUGUUCAUCCAAGAAAGGCACUCGGGAAGUUGAAGUCACAACUGCGGAUGCAACAGAUGAGUCGUCAUCGGAUGUCGAGUCACUCCGCCCAACGAAGACGAAGAAGAUCGAUCAUCGGAGCAAGACCAGAGAGAGACGCAAGACGAAGAAGAUCCAAGCCAAUUCUUCUGAUGAGGAGACAGCAGAUGACGCCACAGCCGAUUCCGAGUCAUCAGAUAUUGAAUCGACAGAUAUCGAGCUACGUUCCAAACCCAAAUCGAAGAAGAAGCCGAGCGCUUCAUCGAAGAAAGCAGGAAGUUCCAAGGUCAAGGUCGAGAAACGGGACAGAAAAGGCAAGCGCAAAGUCGUGGUGGAGGCUUCAAGCGAAGGGGAAAUCUCAUCUGAUGAGUCGAUGACGGAUGCUGAGUCGUCUCCCCCGAAGAAAGUCAAGAACAAGAACCGUGUUACCGUCACCGAGACCACGAGAAAGGGCAAAAGGAAUAUCGUCACAGUCGAAUCAUCAGAUGAAGCUGACACAACGCACGUCAAGUCACGUUCCUCCACGAAGGGGAAGAAAUCUGAAGUCCAAAUCAAGGCCAGCGGCAAAGCGAAGACUAAGAAGGUUACAUUCGAGACUACCGACGAAGCUGAGAUUACUGACGACGCAACAACGGAUGCGGAGCCCAUGCCUUCAAAAGCCCAUAAGGGCAAGGGUAAGAUCAAAACCAAGGCGAUCGACAAGGGAAAGACCAAGGCUAAGAAAAAGGUCGAAGUCGAAUCCUCUGACCCCGCAGAGACAACCGAUGCCGUUACUACCGAGGAUGCAACCCAGACCGAAGCUGAAACUACUGAAGCCGCGACGACCGAAGCCGAAACCACGGACGCGGAGACUACUGUCGCCGAAAAGCCCAAAGCAACCCCAGUGGGUAAAGCCAAUGACGGCUGGACACCUUCCCUAGAUGCAAUAAUUCUCGGCAUGAAGGAAGGGGGUCAAUCCUGGGCUAGUAUUGGCAACGCCACCGGUCGAAACAAGAACGAGGUCAAAAAGCGGCACCAGGAACUCGUUGGCAAAGGUGUUGUUCAGGUCAAUAAGGGCAAUCACAACAACAACAAGAAGGCUCAGAAGGCACAGAACAAGGAGAACAAGAACAACGAUAAGAACGAUGCCAGUUCCAGCCAGACCGCUGCCGCGGAGGAGACCAGCGGCUUUGGUGGCUUUGGUGAUUUUCCUGGCUUUGGCGCUGAUCAAGAUGACAGCAAUAACAACGACAACAAUGGUGAUAGCUGCGGUGGAGGUGGUGAUCAGAACAACAACAACAAUGACAACAACAACGGCGGUGGCGGCGAUGGUGCCUGGGGAAGCGGUAAUCAGAACAAUAACAAGGGCGGUGGAGAUGUUGGACCUGGAUUUGAUACUCCUGCCUGGGGUGCAGACUGUACCGGAGGUGGAGAUCAAGCCACCAACAAUAACAACAACGACACUAACAACAACGACACCAACAACGACAAUAACAACGGCUUUGGUGAUGCGGGUUGGGGUGGCGGAGAUCAGGACAACAACGGAGGUGGUAAUGUCGGUCCGGGACCUGGUGAUUGUUGGAAUGCCGACUGCACAGGAGGCGACAAGCCGCCCAGCAACGCAGGCUCCAAGAAGGGUUCAAACCAAGGCAAGCCGCCUAGCAACAAGCCUCCUAGCAACAAUGGUCGGGGAGGAGGCUCCAACCAGGGAAACAGGCCGCCUAGCAACAGUGGCAACAACGGUUGGGGCGGAGGUUCGAACCAGGGUAAUAAGCCUCCUAGUAACAGCGGUGGGAAUAACGGUGGUUCAAACCAAGGUAACAAACCACCCAGCAACAAACCGCCCAGCAAUAACGGCGACUGGGGUAACGUAGGUCCAACUCAAGGCAACAAGCCGCCUAGCAACAACGGCGACUGGGGUGGCGUAGGUCCAACUCAAGACAAUAACGGCGGUUGGGGCUCAGGUUCGAAUCAGGGUAAUAAGCCACCCAGUAACAGCGGCGGUUGGAACAACGGAGGCUCGAACCAAGGCAACAGGCCGCCCAGCAACAAACCGCCCAGCAACAACGGUGAUCGGGGUUCAGGUUCGAAUCAGGGGAACAACACCAAUACCAAGCCUCCUAGCAACAACGGCGGCUCUGCUAGAGGCUCAAAUCACGGUAGGCCUCCCAGCAACAAUGGAGGUUGGGGUUCAGGUUCCAACAGUGGCAACAAACCACCCAGCAACAACGGCGACUGGGACGGAGGUUCUAACCAAGGCAACAAGCCUCCCAGCAACAGCGGCGGUUGGAAUAACGGAGGUUCGGAUCAGGGCGACAAGCCACCUAGCAACAAUGGAGGUUGGGGCUCAGGUUCGCAUCAGGGGAACAACAACAAUACCAAGCCGCCUAGCAACAGUGGUUCAAACCGUGGGAGCGGCUCUCAACAGGGCGACCCGAAGGCUAAGUCUAUGGAAAAAGAGCUGAGUAUUAGGGACCAGGAGAUUAAAGCUCUAAAAGAACGAGUCAGUGAAGAAAAGCUGCAGCGCUUAGAUGCGGAAGUUUUUGCUUUGAAACUACAAAACAGCGCUAACAGGUUGAACCAGAACAAGCAACCCGAGGAUGGCAUGGGUUGGAACACAGGUGGCAGCGACAAUAAUUGGGGGCCCCCUUCAGCUGCGGGUUCGACCAGAAGCAACAAACAGCCCGACAACGGCACAGGUUGGAAAUCCGGUCCAAGCCCCGGCGAGGUAUGGAGUGUUGCUCCGAACCCGGAUUACAAACUGCCCAGCAACUCGGGCUGGGUUCCCAAAGAUUUUGUUCCGCCUCAGGGCAACAAACCCCCCAGCAACAACAAUGCGCCCCCCGGCAGUCCCGAUGGUUGGAUUUACGGUUCACCCACAGAGAGCGAACGGAAGGACGUGGCCGAGCGAGUGGAGACCUGGAAGGGAUCGAUCAGUCCACUCAAAGAACAAGGACGUUGGGGCACGCCCGACGGCGGCUGGCCUGCCACUCCGGUCACAGUUUCCCGCCGACGUGAGAAUAUGCCCGACAACACCAGAGGUCGAAGCCCCGCCGCCAGGUCUGCUUCUGCCAAAGAUUGGAAGCAGGGAUUAACUCGCGUCGAUGAAGAGCCGGACAAAGGUUAUGAUAUGUGGAAGAAGCCUCCCAGCAACAACGGAAAGCCGGGCAGCAAUGCGGGCCGUAACUCACCUGGCAACUUCAACAACAGCCAGCCAUCCGGAGAGCAAUACGGUUGGAACUCCGGUCCUGAUGCCGCUGCUGGAAACGGAACUGGUUGGGGCGGUGGCGCGGACCGAGUCUCUACCCCAAGCUUCGAACCCGCUGAGAACAAUGACUGGACUGGAGGCAACACAAGGAACGGUAAGCCUCCUAGCAACAAACCUCCCGGCAACAAGCCGCCCAGCAAUAACGGAGAUUGGACUCCUGGACUCGGCGGCACUGGCUGGAAGGCAGAUUGUACUAAGCCGCCGAGCAACAGUGGUUGGGGCGGAGGUUCAAACCAAGGCAAGGACAACAACAAGCCUCCCAGCAACGUAGGCUCCGCGAGAGGUUCGAAUCACGGAAAGCCACCCAGCAACAACGGAGACUGGAACGCCGCCCCGGCUGGAGGAAAUUCGAAGAAAAGCAACAAGGUACCUGGCAGAAAUGAGAAAAGCUUCUCUACAGGUAACUUGCCUAGAGCCCCUCCCACCUGGGAACCUCCCGCGUGGGGCGCGGACUGUACCGGUCCCUGGAACGGCAAACAACCGGCCGAGCACAAAGCUUCGAAGGGAGAUGACCAGAACGCCCUCAACAUUCACACAGUCACAGACUUACCCGGCUACAAUAGAGAUGUAGCACCCAUCGGCCUCUCUGGCUUCCCUCCCGUCGUGGACCAUCGUGUGCCAGUUCCUCCCGUCACCCCAUGCCCUCCUGGUCGCUACCCUUCCACCCCUUACUCGAACACCACUCCUCACCCACCUGGUUACUUGCCCAACACCUCAGCCCACACGACUAUCCUCCCGUUAUACAACCACCCUCCUCACGAUCAAUACCCUUCCCACGAUGCGCCCUGGAACGCCAAAAAUGCCAUCACCACCACCGCGCCACGCGCACCCGGCCCGUCAUCGUACCAACCCGGUCAACGCAGCGCGCAGUGCAAAACCCUCUCCGAGGAAGACCUCCAGUCCCUAUACAAACAAGUAGUCUUCAGCGCCAUAUCCUCUCGCCAGCCCCUUCUCCAACCCAAGCCCGACCGCGACUUUACCUUGAGAGACUGCUGGGUGCUGAUCGCGCUGAGCGAGCAGUACGAUCGUUCUUCGGCUUCGAAGGAGAAGUGGUUUGAGCUGCAAGCCAAGUUUGCGAGCGCCACGGGAAGGAUGGUUGAUGCGAAGCUGUUGAGACAGAAGGUGAAUCAGGGGGAGAAGGUGGGAAAGGUGGUGGAGGGGUGGGAGGAUGAUGAGGUUGGAAUGAGGUAUAAGAAGGAGUGGGAGAGGGCGACUGCUUGGUGA